UCAAAUUUUACAAAGGGUGGCAAUGAUAUUUUUCUAUAGGUUAUAUUUGUAUAAAGUUCUCGUGGAACCCAGAUGAACCUAGAUGUAUGUGUGAUGGGGCAGUAAAACUUGUCAGCUGCUCAAUGGGCUCACGGCACGUUUUAAGCUAAUGUAUCUAGAAUAUGGUCUGGAGCUUAAAAAGGUGGCGAAGCACAUGAGGUGAAGAGAAAAAAGCCCUCAUAGAUAUGGCCGCCAACGGGCUAAGCAAACAGCUGGUCAGUCAUUUCUAUGAAAAGUUGUCGAAAUUUAAUUAAAGCCGUUAUAUCCAUAUAACUAAAUGAAAAAUUAGCACCAAAUGUAGGUCCCAAGUGUACUUAGAUGGCUAUUCAACAAUUGUGCCAUGAAAGUGCAUUUACAAUAUGUUUAGGCUCGUGACAUCCAUUAACUUGAAUGCGUAAAGCUGAUGCACAGUAUAUUGAGGAAAUGUUCUGCUAUUUUAAAUCUUACAGUUUGCGCUUUUGAAAAACUUAGAUAUCAUAGGUUAAUUCUAUGGAAUUUAUGGCUAAUAUCUAGAAAGAGACACUGUAUUAAUAGGCUAGAUAAAUUUCUCGGUUACUUCAUUGUUCGCCUUUUGCACUUACGAAUAGCCUGGAAAGAGACUGUCAAACGCUGCAUUGUCUUGCCGUUUUGAAUGUGAUUACCUAUUCAAUGCAUCCGCGCAGCGCAAUACAAGCAUCUCGGAGCGUCGAUAAGGUUCCUAACAUCCUAUUUAAGAACGAUUGUUCUUUACCUUCAGGUUCAUUUUGUGUUUUUUUACUUUGACUUUGUAUACAACGACUUUGAUCUAUGGUAAAACUUGUCCUGGUGGCCAACUCGAGUGUUCCCAUCUUCUAAGUCACGUGUCCAUACAUUGUAGCAAGGUUUAUUUUAAAAAGGGCGUUCGUUCGUCAUACGGGUCCUCACCUCCUUUUCGAAUUUCAACAGGUGCCAACAUGGACACUUACCAAGAUUUUCCUAUCCGACAAGAUCUCUCUUUUUUCAAUUUUCUCUUCAUCCUGUCUCAGGUGUUUGGUGGUAUCGCCAUCGUACUAGUGGUGGCAUGGGGCGCGUAUUAUAAUCAGGGCUUCGCCGGCCCCUCGAGCCCUGGGCAAUGGUUCAAUUGGCAUCCGCUACUUAUGACGCUAGGACUGAUCGCCAUUCAGGGUGACUCGAUUCUCAUUUAUCGAGCACUUCGCAACGAAGCAAAGCCCCGUCUCAAAUCAAUCCACGCCGCUCUCCAUUUCGUCGCGUUUGUGUUCGUUGUGGUCGGUCUAAAGGCCGUCUUCGAUUCGCAUAACUAUGCUAAAACACCCAUUCCCAAUUUGUACAGUCUCCACUCGUGGAUUGGGAUCUCAGCUGUGAUCAUGUUUGCUGUCCAAUUUCUUGCUGGUUUUGUGUCCUUCCUGUAUCCGAGAGUUCGCAAAUCACUUCGUAGCAGGUACCUUCCCUUACACGUCCUUGGGGGGACUAUGAUUUUCAUUCUGUCGACUUGCGCCGCUUUGAUGGGAAUCACUGAGAAGAAUAUUUUCAAUAAGGACUACCAUAAAUUGCCUGCUGGAGCACAGAUCGGCAAUGCGCUGGGUGUUUGCAUUGUGAUUUUCGUCAUGCUUGUCUUCUAUCUCGUGUCGCAACCGGCCUACAAAAGAAUUGCCCUCGCCGAAGAACAGGUUUUACCGCUCGACUACUCUGAAGAGGAAAAUACCGCUGGGAACAGUGGCGCCAUUGGAGGUGACAACUAAAUUGGACUCGUCUUUUCCCGCACAAGUUAAAGCCUACUUGUGGUGGACGGUCAUGCUCUACGAUAUAAUCAAGCUGACACCUUAGUCCUUGGUCCCGCGUUUUCAAUGCAAUCAACGUUCCGUAUCGGCAAACCAAUGUGGAAUCUAUUAAGUAGGCCUUUACCUCAUACAAGAUGUUUUUUUGUUUGUUACACUUAUGAGCCUUGGUUGAUAAGGCCAGUCGCGUUAAAUUACGUUUGAUGCUGUAAACGUAUUAUUGUGAACGGAGUGAGAAUCCUUGAAUAUGGGUGUACUAACUAAGAGGUGUAGACAACAGAUACAGCUUUAGUAUUUUUUUAGUACACUAAAUUCACUAAUGACGACAGCGCAAAUCAUAUUCAAACCCUACAGCCCGUGAUCAAAACGUUCUCAGCAAGAAUAGUAUCUAGGUAUUAAAAUGAAGAUUAGGAUCACCCGUAACCUAUCCUUCGUCCUAUUAACGUGCACACAAAUAUAGUGGUCAAUAGGGCAAAUACGAUUCAACGAUAGUAAAAAAAUUCCUGCAUUUUGCGAGGUGCCGAGUGGUUUGCAAAGUCACUAAAUCUGACCACGUUUAAUUAAAAACAACCCACUGCCAAAACGAUAGAUAUAUCAGCAUGGGUCUGUCACACUAAUAUUCAGAGGUCACAAACUUUUUUAGACUUCUCUCCCCACGACGACAGCAUUAGAGUAGAUCGCUUUUUCCUUUUCGACGGACCUGCGCAUCGUCAUUGUUCUGUAUUCCUUCGGCGAAACAGAAUCCUUUCCAAUAGAAUUUAGUUCCUCCCAUCAUCACUAUCCUUAAACACACUAUUUGACCGGUGGUAUAUAUGUAAGGUCCCUCCAAAACAAUAAUGUAUGACGUGAUAAUGGGAUACAGAGAUUAAAGAAAUGUUCUUGCGUAAUUAAAUUGCUUAGUUAGUUCGAGGACCGGCUCACUUUUGUUCAAUGAAUGGGGUCCCUUGUGAUUGACUGACGGGUCUGUGAUAUACUAACCAUAGCAUGAGUUGUUUUAAUUUACGAUUUGAACCUGAAAUGCAUCUUUUGCAUUAGUUGUUAGGAACAAGUCUACGCAAAUACUUUUCAUUCUUAUUCAGUGCGUUAAAAGAGGCCUCCGUUAGAGCUAAGAAUCUUUCUCUUGGUGUAAUAGCAGAAAAUACAAUAACUUUAGAUGAACCUAUCCAUAUCGGUAAUUCCUCCACUUUUUUUAGCCAUCUGCUUAUUACUGCUUGCCAGGGGGAAGUUUAGAAUCAGUAAACUUGUUCGAGUCAUCCGCCUAACGUUGGUGUAACUACAAUCAUUGCUACUAACUGUAAAACAUUUCGGCCAUCGUAUCCCCAAAUUUGCACGCAACUUCAUUCAUGUUGAUCAUAGCUAAUGUUUAGCAACGCGUCCCUCUUUUAGACCUACUGAAGAUACGCCUUCUACUACGGAAACUGCCUUUCAGAGCCCCCAUGCUAUCGGAAACUAAACGAUUGUGGCUGGAAAGUCCGUUUAAGAUGUUUAAGGUCCAUUGCAAUAAUUCGACGCCCCCAUGUCUUUCUGACGAACACGCUUUCUGCAAAUGAAAACCUAAAGUAGACUACUAGUUAAAUAUCGUAUUAAAUACUCUAAAUAAAUUAUAGAAGUAGGCCUAUAUGUAUUAGCGCCCUUCUAAUUAAGACAUGUAGAAAAAGCUGUGCAGAGCUGUGAAAUCCAGAGGAUGUUUCAGCCCGAUUUUGGGAAUGUUAAUUUAACAACGAUUUGGUAGUACGUGGCAUGUCAACAUUCCGGAUAUAUCUAUAACAGAGAAAUUAAUAGUCUCACAAGUACGUGAUGAAACGGAGCUACUCGAAAGGUCGCUGAAGUAUAUUUCAGAACAGGCAGACUUUCGUCUGUUUUCAUUUUGACUACUCUGUCCGUGACGAAAACGCUAUGUACUAGCCCCGCAUCUAUUUUUUUGUAUUUUGACCGUAAUCCUUCCAUAUGACCUGUAUACGUAACGUAAUACUGUAAACGAAAUCUAAUUCGAUCUAUAUAAAAAGACUAUGAUACAAUACAUUUUGCUUAUUGCUGUUACCAUUAAGUAGAUCGAAAUUUUUUCUCGUACUCAACGAAAACCUUUGUUAGGAGCCAAUACGUGAGAGCAAGUAAUAUAAGCGAGGAAUAAACUGUGCUCACACACAGAAAUGACAGUGUCUGAGAGAUUUCAUCUGACAUAUUCUAUCAUCUCGAUGUGAGGCGGCAUCUUCCGUUUUUCUUAUCGAAUCAAAGUUUACGACGGGUUGCUAAUCCAUCUACGUGCACGCUACAUCAAGAAAUCCUUGAAGACUAUAUUGUCAAUGAGCAAAACCCAUAAUAUUGUCCAACGUGAAGCGUAAGAUGCUUCGAUAUCAUUAGUUAUUGCUAGCCAGAAUGCCGAACAUGAAUAGCAUAUCACUCUCAAACCUAGGUAUAUAAACCCAUUAUAUUUCAAUAAUAUCUAUGUAUUUAGCAAUGCAUGUAAAUCAUCUCCAGGAGAAGAGGAAUUGCGUCUAUUAAAAUAUAAGGAUUUUGCAGCUAUAUACCUACAGGAGUUAACAUGAUAUGACACUCCUACAUUAUGGAACUGCUCUUGUGAAGGACUGUACUUAACUCAAAACGAAGAAGUAUGUCUGACAUUGUAAUAAAUGAAUCCCUAUAUUCUAUAAGGAUGGGAGCGAUAGAGAAAAAAAUCUACGAAAAAAUAUGUAGCGAAAUAGAAUAUGAUGUGAACUAAACUGAAUAAAAGUCGCUGGGAACACUGAAUUUAUACGAGCGAAUAUCGAGACGAAGACCUCUGCUCGUAUACUUAUCAGCACAAAAGCUUAUGACAACGGUAAGGUAGCCGGUGUAUGUAUGUGCAACAAAACUCUAUAUAUAUAUAUUCUGACUAUUCAGAGUUGGCAAUUCUUUUAUAGUUGACAUAUCUCAAAUUAGCUGUAGCAGACUAAACCUAUAUAUAAAAAUUGCAUUGAAAUUUUGCAAAAGUGAACUACUCUGUUAUUCGAUGUCAUACAUGUAAAACCGUAUUGUAGUCAUAUUUGGUACGACAAGAAUGAAUGUUCGGUAUUUCCAUAUGGUUGUAGAAUAAGUAGCUUUAGCCGAAAACCAAAAAUAGAGUUACCUCAAAAAACUUUUGGGUGUUACAUACAAGCGUAUAUAUAAUACCGUGGGCAAACAGCGUUUAAAGCGCCAGCCUCAAAACUAUGAGUGAAGCAAAAAAAAAAUAUGUACAUAAUCAAUAGAAGGAAAUAAAAAACAAAGCAAAAACAAGAUUUGUUUUUGC